AUGGCGGACAAAUCCAUUCAGCAAGCUCUUGGGGUUGUGGAGAAUGUAUUGGUAAAGGUGGACAAGUUCUUCUUCCCAGUUGACUUCGUCAUCCUAGACAUAGAGGAAGAUGACAACACUCCCAUUAUUCUAGGGAGGCCCUUUUUAGCUACUGCCAUGGCAUUGAUAGAUGUCGAAAAAGGAGAAUUAAUGCUAAGGGUGUAUGAUGAGCAUAUAGUGUUCCAUGUCUUCAAGAAUUUGCAAGAUUCCACCCAAGAGGAAGGGUGUAUGAAGAUCGAUUCCAUAGAUUCAAACUUGAAAGAGGCACCUGAUGAGACACUUCCAAUACACCUAAGCCCAUGCUGGGGAGAAAGGAAAAAGGUGGAAGUGUUGUAA